AUCUCUCUGGGCCUUUAUCUCUCUGUCUCUGCCUCUCCUCCAUGUCUCUGCCCCUGGGUUUCUCCCACCUCUCUGUCUACCCCAGUCACUCACCAGCAGGAACCGUGCUCUGCACCCAUGGUUGGGACACGGAGUGAUGGGCUGGGAGCCCCUCUAUCCCAGGUGCUGAUGGAGGCCACUGUGGUCCUCCAGGCCCAGCAUCCAGGGUGCAUCUCUAUGCCUCUCGUGUUUGGGGUGAGCCAUGGGCCCUGCAGCCCGUAUUUCACAGUGGGCAGCGGCCACAGAGCCUCGAUUCCCUCUCACAGCAUAGCGGGCUCUUCCCUCUGCGGGGUAACUUCCCCCACUCCAACCUCCAGUCCUUCUCCGUUGCUGUACAGGACCCCCUGGCCUCCAGAUGGCCCGCUGCGUCUCCACCUUAUUGACUGAUGAGCAAGGGCUCUCCAAGGCAGCUUAGGGCUUCCCACCUGUGUGUCCCUGGCUCACCAAGGCCCUGCCGCUCCCUCCCUGCUCUGAAGCCUCAUGGCUCCCCAGUGUCCCCUCCUCUUGGCCCCACUUUCAAGGACUGAAUUGACCAGACAAGUUCGGUGUGCUCUGGCUACCAGAUCCUGUUCUUUAGCCGUGAACCCAGAUCACCGCUUUCAUGCCCCCAAGCUGGAGAAACGCCAGUGGUGGUGGUGGUGGGGCUUUGUCACAUUCUGCUCCGUCCCCAGCACAUACUGUACCAGAGACUGGUAUACCUUAGGUGCUCAGUAUGAGCAACAAAGGCAGCGGCAAUCACAGGGCUUUCCUGGGAAAACAGGUUGAGGCUGGGACAGGCAGGAUGGGACCAGAGCCCUGCAGCCUGGAACUGCCCCAACCCUGUGAGGUCACUGUGGGCUCCAGCGCUGCCCCCUGUGCACCAGAGAUGCUGGGGAAACCGAGGUAAGCAGCAUAGCGCAAGUGAUCUCAGGGGUUGCAUGGCCUGGCAGAGCUAGGACAAACACACACACACACACACACACACAUGAACAUGUCUCCUGCCUCCCCACCCCCGUGGAAUUACCAUUAUCAACAACCCCACGGCAGGAGAAUCAUCCUGCUUUCUGAGACACUGGCUCAGAACCGGGUGUUGCUGGCAAGGCCUGGAGGGGCCUCCAACCACAGGCCACAGCGCAGUUCCCUCUUUCCUGGCCGUUGGGAAAGGGUGGGGUUGGGGACCUGCCUGCAGAACUCUCAGGGGAGACGCCGGCUGGUGACAGCCAUGGCGCCCCGGGCAGGGGGCUGGGACUGCCUGCUGCUGGCUGUAACCAUUGCCCUGAUGCUGCGUAUGAGGCCCCCAGGUAAGGACCCCCCAGACACCCCCAGAACCCCUUAUGGGGGCUCCAAUCAGGAAACCCCAGUCCCCCCAUGCCCUCCUCCUGCAGCUACUCAGAUCCCAGACAGCUAUUGUUCUCUGGUCUCAGCAGGGGUCUUGGCCAGGCCCAGGUUUUGUGAGGUCCUGACCCCCCUCCAGCAGACUCCAGGGCAUCCUCUGGGCAUCUCUGCCUCUUUCUCCUCGAGGAGCCUGACCCCAAGCCCACCUGGGCUGCCCGACAUGCUGCCCACUCUGCCUGCAGGCUCCUGGGCAGCCCACAUCAUUGGGGGCCAUGAGGUGACCCCCCACUCCCGGCCCUACAUGGCGUCCGUGAGCUUCCAGGGCCAGCACCACUGUGGGGGCUUCCUUCUCCAGGCCCGCUGGGUCCUCUCGGCUGCCCACUGCUUCAAGGACAGAGACCCCCAAACAGGCCUGGUGGUGCUGGGGGCCCAUGCUCUGCACACCUCAGAGGCCACACAGCAGGUGUUCAGUAUCUCAGCCGUCAUCAUGCACCCUAAGUACCAGCCCAUGACCCAUACCAGUGACAUCUGUCUGCUGCAGUUGAACAGCUCUGCCAUCCUGGGUCCAGCGGUGGGGCUGCUGCAGCUGCCACGGAGGGAUGCCAGGCCACUCAAAGCCGGGGCACCCUGCAAGGUGGCCGGCUGGGGCUCCGUGUCUGACUUUGAGGAGCCACCUCCUGGACUGAUGGAGGCCGAGGUCCAAGUGCUGGGUCUGGAUGUCUGCAACAGCUCCUGGAACGGGAAGCUGGGCCCUGCCAUGCUCUGCACCCGCAGCAGGGACCGCCAGCGUCGCGGCUUCUGCUCGGCUGACUCUGGGGGGCCCCUGGUGUGCAGAAAUCGGGCCCACGGCCUUGUCUCCUUCUCUGGCCUCUGGUGCGGCGAUCCCAAGACCCCCGACGUGUACACACAGGUGUCUGCCUUCGUGACCUGGAUCUGGGACGUGGUUCGGCGGGGUUGACAUGACCCCCUGCCCAGGACCUCUGGGGUCCCUGCAGGAAUUGCCUGAACCACAGCAGUGCUGGGUACACAGAUAAGAUGGCAAACAAUGCAAACAGCUCCUUCCUGGAAACUUCUGAGGCUGGAAUUUUCUCCAUCCACCAUGGAGGCCCCCAAACCCAGAGAAGCAUAGUGUGUGUGUGGGUGGCGGGGGGGGGGCAAUCAGUUCCCAACAAACAGGGCAAAAUAAGCAAAUAAACUGUGACCUGACUAACCAGACAGGACAAUCUACGUCCAGGGCCCACCCACAUUCCUUCGAGCUUCUUGACCUCAGCGUGGCUAAGAGUCCAGCUCCGCCACCCCUUCCUUGAGGGACCUGGACCACAGGUCCCAGGGCUCCUCUCCACCCUCUCAUCCCCUCCCCAUGCUGACCCCUCUGGAGUUACCUACACCCCCUCCCCCCACAGCCCAAGCUCUGGACAGCCUCCCAGUCUUUGCCCCCUGCCUGGAGCGCCAGGCUGAGAGAGGGUGGGGUCUCAGGUUGGCCUGGCUUCAUGGGAAGCCUGUCCUCACCCUCUGAAGAGUGCCUGGAGCAAACUGUGCCGGCUCAUGGCAAAGCUGCAUGGGGCCCAGCCAGUGCUAUUCCUAAUCGUGUCAACGUCUCUGUUGUACCUUUAGCCUUUCCAGACCAGGCCUCCAUAUCUGGACCCUAAGCCAGCCAGCUUCUUGGGGCAGCCCUAAGUAUCCUAAGCCAGCUUCCCUCCCUUGCCCCUCCUACCCACCCCUAGUCCUCCCCGGGCUGCUGACCACAGCCUGAAUGUGGACACUGAGGCCCAGAGACCAGAAGCAGCUGCCCCAAGGACGUAUGAUUGCGCCUCUCCCCUGGAUGCUUCCAGAGCCCCCAGGCACCACCAUAAUAGCACUCCAGGCCCAGGUGCUAACCCCCUCCACCGAAGUGGGGGCACAGAGGCUCAGAGAGAGAGGGACAAACCAAGGCCUGGACAUCCCAAGAUGCUUUUUCAGUGUUUAUUUCUUUGGUGGGAUAGGCAGGACCCCAGGGGGUAGGUUGCCUUGUCGGGGUGCGGGUGGGGGCUCAGGGUAAACCCACUAUUCAAGGGCACUUUCUUGGUGUCACAGAUAAGGCACUUCCUGGAGGCUGAGAAGGACGAGCACCACUGCCCUACGUUCUGAACUCGUGGAGCUAGGCUCCUGCUCCACUGGGCCCCAACCUCAGGUCUGAGCCUCCAGUCCACACACAGGCACAGGUGACACACAGCAACAGCCCAGGCAGGUGAAGGGAAUCCAGCUGGCAGGCGAGGAGGGUCCAGCUGGGCACCGGACCUAGCGGCCUGGCCAGGGCAGGAUGUGGGGGACUGAAGGGUCCCAGGUGUGGACCCCACCUGUGGACAGGGCAGCAGGCACUCACACCAAGGGGUGACCCAUGGAUGCAGAGCUCCAGGAUGCCAGAUGUGCAGCGGGUCUUGGCAUCUGCACCCCACCCUGAGCCAGUGAGCAAGCCUAGGUGGGUUGGGCACCACAGGACAUGGUGUUCAUCUGGACAAACCCAGGCCUUGGAUCCCUCUCACCUCCUGGCUCCUGUUUGAGAAGGCAGGGUGUCUCUUCAUUACUUGCUGGCAGAAAAUCCCCAGCCCUCUCAGGGGCCAUGAUAAUUAACAGUUACCCCCAAGGAGCAGAAGCAGUGGGGUCCUCCUGGGCAGUAUGGUGCCUGGGGUGCAGGUGCAGUGCCAUCCACCCACCAGCCAGGCCCCCAGGCCUCCUUCCCCAAAUCCUGCCAAGAUAUCGUAGGGGGAGCACCAGGGCUCCCAAAAUGGUACCAGUCCAGGCUCUGGGGAGUGUCCGUCAGACAUAAAUUAGACUCUGCUGUGGCAAUAAAUAAAAUGGGGAGACCUUGAACACCAGGCCCAGGCCGGCCCCACAGGCUCACACAAAGUUCUCUUCCUCCUCCUCCGACUCAGCAUCUAACA